CGUAGCAGCAAAAUCAGGUACAAUGAUGUCACAACCAUGGAUAAGGAUGUCAUUGUCCUCUUCCAAUUCUCUUUAAUCAUUUUCAACACUUGUUAAAUUGUGAAACCAUGAAAACUCCGGUUUGAAGCAACUACUAGCAAUUGGCGAAGGUUUUAGUGGCAUUUCAGGACUUGAGCUUUUUUGACUUGGGAGAUGUCGAAAUGUGCAGAGCAUUUAAAGACGGUGCCAAAAAUUUCAACGCCAAUCGCUUUGGUAUCCAGUUUCCAUCCUGUUGGUAGUUUCUGUUAAAAGUAUGAUAUUUUCUCUAGCUGUUCACUUAUUUUUGUUGCAUAGCACUAACUGCAAUUCUUAGAACAAGUUGAUUUUACUAUACUGUAUUUGUAUUAUCUUUUUUUUUUUUUUCAUUUCUUGAGCCUUGUAAUGGGCCACUCCAAAAUCCAAAAUAACCUUAAAGAAAAUGGAUAAAACUGUUCAACUUGUCGGUUCUCAUCAUAUUUUGUUGGUUCUUAUCGGAUUUCUAGCAUUACUUCAAGGAGUAGGGGCAGAUCCAAGAGCCCAAACAGUGAAUAUUACAUGUGGCAGCCAACUGGAGCACAACGCAACGAUCUUUGUUCCAAAUUUUGUGGCUACAAUGGAAAAAAUCAGUGAACAGAUGCGUUAUUCAGGUUUUGGAAAAGCAGUUACAGGUUCAGGGCUUGAUACUAACUAUGGUCUUGCUCGGUGUUAUGGGGAUCUAUCUUUGAUUGACUGUGUAUUGUGCUAUGCCGAGGCACGUACGGUUCUUCCUCAAUGCUAUCCGCACAACGGGGGCCGUAUUUUCCCUGACGGCUGCUUCAUGAGGUCUGAGAAUUAUAGCUUCUUUGAGGAGUACACAGGACCGGAUGACAGGGCAGUGUGUGGGAAUACACGCCGGAAGGGGUCCAAUUAAGAAUCUGCAAGACAGGCAGUGAAACAUGCAGUUGCUGCUGCACUGAAAAAUGAAGGCUAUGGGAAGGCUCAGGUGGCAGUUUCAGGAACAAAUGAGUCGGCUCAUGUUUUGGCUAAUUGCUGGAGGACAUUGAAGGAUAGUUGUUGUAAAGCUUGUUUAGAGAAUGCAUCUGCAUCAAUACUAGGGUGCUUGCCUUGGUCAGAGGGACGGGCACUCAGCACUGGCUGCUUCAUGAGGAACUCCGACACGGAUUUCCUCAAUAAAGAACCAAGAAAUGGAAUUUCAAGAGGAACCAGUAUAAUCAUAGUAGUUUUUAUUGUCAGUUCCCUGGUUAUUUUAGCGGUUGGAGUUCCUAUUGGAGUCUAUAUCCAGAAGCACAGAUACAUACAAAAGAAAAGACGAGGUUCAAAUGAUGCAGAAAAGCUGGUUAAACUCCUUCAUGAUAGUAACUUAAAUUUCAAGUACUCUACACUUGAGAGGGCUACAGGGUCUUUCAACGAUGUGAACAAGCUUGGGCAAGGAGGAUUUGGUACAGUUUAUAAGGGAGUUCUACCUGAUGGAAGAGAGAUCGCUGUCAAGAGGCUAUUCUUUAACAAUCGACACAGAGCAGCAGAUUUCUACAAUGAAGUCAACAUUAUAAGCAGCGUGGAGCAUAAAAACCUGGUCAGGUUGUUGGGAUGCAGUUGUUCUGGACCUGAAAGUCUUCUCGUUGAGUUCCUCCCAAACAAGAGCCUGGAUCGUUUCAUCUUUGAUCCCAGCAGAGGUAAAGUACUCAAUUGGGAAAACCGAUAUGAAGUAAUUAUUGGGACCGUAGAAGGUUUAGUCUAUCUUCACGAGAACUCCAACACCAAAAUCAUUCACAGAGAUAUAAAAGCUAGCAAUAUCUUGUUGGAUUCAAAGCUUCGUGCCAAAAUUGCCGACUUUGGGUUGGCAAGGUCUUUCCGGGAAGAUCAGAGUCACAUCAUCACUGCCAUUGCCGGAACACUAGGAUAUAUGGCUCCGGAGUACCAGGCCCAUGGCCGGUUAACAGAGAAGGUGGAUGUCUAUAGUUUUGGAGUGCUUUUACUGGAGAUAGUUACAGGGAAGCAAAACAACAGGAGCAAAGCCACAGAAUACUCCGACAGCCUAGUUACAGUUACGUGGAAACACUUUCAAUUAGGAACGGUGGAGGCGAUUUAUGACCCAAAUCUAACCUUACAUGAUAACAACCAUGGCAGCAACGUUAAGAAUGAGGUUUUCAGAGUAGUGCAUAUUGGACUCCUUUGCACCCAAGAAAUUCCAUCACUAAGACCAUCAAUGUCGAAGGUACUACAGAUGCUAACAAAGAAAGAUGAAGACCUUCCUGCACCAACUAAUCCUCCUUUUGUUGACCAAAAGACCAUGGAAUUCAAAGACACAGGUGGGAACAAAUUCUACCCCUUCAAUCCAGCUAAUACUGAUUCAAUUGCCACUGUCACCCACAGCUCCUUUUACCCAAGAUGAUCUUUAGAGUAAGGUGGGGAUGAAAAGAGUAUAUCUGAUAUCUGAUUGCACUCGCACUUUGACAAGGGAAAAAGCUUCAAAAACAAUUCCAGAUUUAAACAUGCACUUUGUGAGCAAAUGAUCACGAGCAGAAUGAAUAGUUAUCUUCAGAAUGCGGAAUGAUAUUGGAAUACCUAAGUCAGCUCUUCCACAUCAGAAUAAAAUAGCUAAGUGACAUAACAUUGUGCGAUUUGCAAAAUUAUUAACUUACUAUGAACUUUUUUAUGUGAAUCUCUCAGGCUUCGAAGUACCCAGCCUCUAAAAUAGAUGAAGUGAUCCACACGUAAGCUAAGAACAUAAAAAGUAAGACCUGGAAACUUUGAUGCAAAACUAAAGCAUUGUUAUUUAUUAUUGAUCUUUUAAUCAUACAGACAGAUAACACUAAGGAUUCAGUUUAACAACCUACAUGGAAAAACCAUACUAUAUUCCUGAAGCAUAAGGUCUGCAUUUAGAAAAUGUUUGGAAAUUCAUAAACAACAGGAUGCUUCUUCAUCAACAACAAAAUUGAACAUUG